AUGGCAGACUGUUUACAGAGGUCUGACGGGAAUACGAUAGUUGAGGAAGAACUUCGAUAUUGGAUUCGGCAAAUCUUUGCCAAGUGGUUCUUACAAAGUUUCUUUACAGUACGACUUUGCCAUCUGAAUAAACGUGUUCACAAUCCGUUCAUUGGUCCUCAUCAUGUUGAUUAUGGUGACGCUUUUGGUAUAACUAUUCGAGACGGAGAAGCUGUUAUUGCGCAACAAUUCCCUUGUUCGUUUGCUAAUGUAUAA